CGCCGCGCAAUUACCUUGAUCAAAUUGCUGAAAAUCGCAAGUUGGAGGAACAACAAUUAAACUUGUACAAGGCCAGCCACGAAAUGAUGACAGAAAUGAUUUCCAUCCUCAAAAGCGAGCUUCAAAAUUUAAAAGAUCAGAUCUCUGCGGAGAAUCUGCUCAAGCAAAAGAUGCGCAUCAAAUUGGCGGAGGCCAAGAGCGCCAAAAACUCCUCCACCUCGGCGGGCGACCUGCGCAAGGACGAGGAGAAGGACCAGGAGCUGCAGCAGGACAUGAUCAACGCCCAGGCGCAGCACAAUGCGGGAACAGCGCAGGCGAUCAAAGAAAUCACCGACCUGCUGGCGGCGCUGCACGAGGAGACCCUGGCCAAAAACCGCCUGCAGAUGGAGAUCACCGACCUGCAGACGGAGAUCACCGACCUGCAGUCGACGCUGCACGAGGCGGAGCUGGACAAGGCCUGCCUGCAGAUUGAGAUCACCGCCAAAGACGGCGAAUUGGAGCGGAACAAGGCGGCCGCAGCGCAAUACGCCCAGAAGAUCUCCAACCUGCAAGCAAAGCUGCACGAUGAGGCGCUGGCGAAGAACCUCCUGCAAAUGGAGAUCACUGCCAAGGGCGACGAGAUGAAGCUGAAGAGGAUGAAGCUGGAGCAGGCGGCCAAGGAGAUCUACGACCUGCAGGUGACGCUGCACGAAGAGGCGCUGGCGAAGAGCCGCCUGCAGAAGGAGAUCACUGCUAAGGGCGAAGAGCUGAAGCUGCAGCAGGUGAAGCUAGAGCAGGCGGCCAAGGAGAUCAACGACCUGCAGGUGACGCUGCACGAAGAGGCGCUGGCGAAAA